AUAUUGAUCAAGGUCAAAUUCAAUGGGACUCCAAAAGAUCUGGAAAAGUCAACAUUGAAAGUAUUGAGGAACUUCGAGUUGGUGAUGCAAUACGAGUUUAUAGGGAACAUUUCAAGCUUAAUGUGGAUAUUGAGUCUCGAUGGUUCAACAUCAUUUAUGUUGAUUUUGGGAAAUAUAAAGCCCUUCUUAAACAUGCCAAAGUUUAUCAAGACAUGUCACAACCAUUAAGUCAUUAUUUCAUCGAUUCUUCGCACAAUACGUAUCUUUUAGGACAUCAGCUGGCAGGUGAAUCCACAAUCGAAGGAUACAUACGCGUCUUACGGAAGGGAUGUCGUUGUGUUGAAAUUGAUUGCUGGGACGGACCUGAUGGUCCCGUAGUUUUCCAUGGACAACUAAAUCAAGUUAUUUCGGCAAUCCGUGCAUAUGCAUUUGAAGCUAGUCCUUAUCCACUAAUAUUAUCACUUGAGGUUCAUCGUAGUAUUGAGCGACAAAACCAAAUGUCUUCUAUUUUACUUAACACUCUGGGUGAAUAUCUUGUCACUAAAUUCCUAUCCGAAAACGAAACAGAAUUACAGAGUCCUGCAAGUUUGUUGUACAAAAUAAUAUUUAAUGGACUCGACUCGAUUACCGACGCUGAAUCUACUACCAAUACCGAGUCAGAUGUUGAAUUAUCUAAAGGCAUGUGUGGUUAUGUACUCAAGUCGGAGCGAUUACGCAAUCCUGAAAUUUCCUCAGAUAUAAAUACACAAUCACCGAUACAAACUUUGACAAUUGAAAUAAUUUCUGCACAACAACUUCCUAAACCAAAAGAUUCUCACAAAGGUGAAGUAAUUGAUCCAUAUAUUGAAGUAAAAUUGCUUAUCCCUGGGUUAUUAAUUGCUGUAUUUAUAGUAUUGUGCAUUGGAGUUCAUGACGAACUGCCGAGCGUUAAUGUAACUUAUAAAGUAGUUGAUAAUCUGCCCAUACCGGACAUAUUUUUCUCUUACAAUUAUAAUUUUACGAUUAACUGUGCUAUUUCCAAUUUCACAGGAACUUAUAAUUGCAACAACUAUAUAAAUAAAACUAUAUAUGAUACCUCCCAAUCUAAAUAUUCGGCUGCGUUUUCGGCAAAUUACUAUGUAUCUACUUAUACUGGAUGCACCCUUUCGAUAAAUAUCACAGAUCCUAGAUAUAAUAUUUCCAAUCAAAGUGAUUACAUGGAGAUGUAUGCAUACGAUAAAGAAUAUUAUUUAAAUCCAAUAAUUGCGGGUUCCCAAAUUCAAUUUGUUGAAUCACUUUUUCUGAAGAACAUGUAUUUUUUUGGGCAACCUAAAAAUGACAUAGCUCAUUAUGAAUGGAUAUUCGAUAGACGCAUUAGACACGCAUUGGUUCAAGAUAUUUUAAGUUUCUUUGGUAGACAAAGAUAUAUUACCAUACCUUAUCUUGAAUCGCAUAUGGCAACUGCUACGACUGCGAGUUCAGAUCUUCGGACUAACAAUAGUUAUUAUGCUGUAUUACGUUUUAUUAUGUCUCCUCCUUUUAUUGUAGUAGAAGAAACAGAGGAAAGGAGCAAAACCAUUUUGAAUAUACUAGGCGUUAUUGGUGGCAUUUGGAGUUGUGUUGUAGCUCUUUAUAUAUUUUUAUUUGGACCUGGUUUAAUCUCACCAUGGGGAUUUGUACAAAAAUCAAAAUUAUUCAAAGAUCAAUACGAAAAAAACAUUUUGCCAUUUGUUUGUGAACCCGAUACCACUGAAGGUUUUAAUGACUCAACGCAGAAACGACUUAAUAAUUUAGAAAAAAGGAUAGAGUUCUAUGACAAAUUCAUUAUCGACAAUUCUUUGUUGACCUUUAUUAAAAAAGAUGAAAAAUAG